AUGGUGCGGCGGCUGCACCGCGCGACGACGACCGCGGGCGGCGGCGGCCCCGCGCGGGUCGAGCUGAAGCGCAGGCUGUUCGAGGUCUCGCUCAGCAUCCUCAUGGAGGCCAUCGCGGAGACCAAGGCGGUGCGCCCGGAGUCAGACGCGGACGACGACACCGACAUGUCGCCAGAAGCGCAGGAGUUCAAGCAGGUCAUCGACGAGGUCUUCCCGUACGUCAGCUCGGUCUGGUGGGACUACCUGCCGGUGCAGCGGUGGUUCGACGUGUUCGGUGUGAGGAACAAGAUCCUGGCUGAGCGGCGGAGGAUGGGCGACGGCGUCUACAGCGAGAAAAAGAGCCUGAUCGCCGUGCUGCUCACACUGCAGAAGCUAGAGCCGGAGGUUUACACUGACACCAUGAUCACGGCUUUUGGCUCGGUGAGGGAUUCAUUUGUUCCUUCAAUUGGGAACGAGCGACUCGAGCUAGUCGCUCGUUUGGUCAGAAUCGCGAGCCGCGAGCUCGGCCACCCGGGUUCCAACCCGGUGCCCAGCGUAUUUCCGCUCAAAAACGAGUGGGAACGGGGAUGCUCCCCGAACCUAUUUGGAGCUGGAACAGAGACGACGUCGACCACAGUCGAAUGGGCGAUGUCGCUGCUGCUGAACAACCCAGGGACACUCGAAAAGGCACGAGCUGAGAUCGACGCGGCCGUGGGGCGCUCCCGCUUGAUCAACGCGGGCGACUUGCCGCGUCUCGGCUACCUCAGGUGCAUCAUCGCCGAGACGCUCCGCCUCUACCCCGCCGCGCCGCUGCUACUCCCGCACGAGUCGUCCGCGGACUGCAAGGUCGGCGGCUACGACGUCCCGCGCAGCACGGCGCUGUGGGAGGAGCCGGGCAGGUUCGUGCCGGAGCGGUUCAAAGGCGGGAAAGCCGAGGGGCUGUUCGUGGCGCCAUUCGGGAUGGGGCGGCGCAAGUGUCCCGGAGAGGCGCUCGCGCUGCAGACGGUUGGGGUGGCGCUGGGGUCCCUGAUCCAGUGCUUCCACUGGAGCAGAGUCGACGGCGUGGACGUUGACAUGAGCGAGGGCAGCGGACUGAGCAUGCCCAAGGCUGUUCCGCUGGAGGCUUUGUGUAGAACUCGUGAGGCUAUGUAUGACGUUCUUCAGAAGCUCUGA